GCCUUUUCGUUUUAGAUCUAUCAUGGCCGCCGCGUGAGAAAGAUGUAUACCAAAGCGAAACAGUAAUUCAGCAAUAAUGAGGCAUGCCUACGGCAUCUGUGGUUCCUUAAGAAGGCUGUACAGCACACACGGCAGCGGUUCCAAGGAAAGAUCAAAAUGGUUUCCAAAAAAGGUCAGUGACCUGUAUAGACAUUACCAGAAUUCGACGCCACAUUACAUUCCGUACGGAGAGGAUGGUUCUGGGUUCUACUCUGACAACGCCCUGGGGCAUUAUGAUAUCAUAACGAACGCCAAACCAAUAGUUAUGGACGCCAUCAACUCCAUGGAGAUCAACCCGACACAGAUCUUCAACAUCGUUGACUAUGGGUCAGCCGAUGGAGGGACAUCGAUGCCUCUCUUCUACCAGAUCGUUGACAAGUUACGUCAAACUUAUGGCGACGCGCUGCCCAUCCACGUGACAUAUGAGGACCAACCAGUGGCCGACUUCAAGUCGCUCUUUAUGAGGCUCCAUGGGUUACUGCCAAUGCCGGACAAUCAUGGCUACCUGAAGGGCUUUAACAACGUUUAUGUCAGUGCAUGUGGCACAUCGUUCUAUGACCAAUGUUUACCCAAUGCAUUUGUCAACUUUGGGUUUUCCUCCACCGCGAUGCACUGGUUAAGCCGGGGGCCAUGUCCCCUUCCUGACGCUGUGUUUCACAUGGUGAGCAGCUGUGGGGAGGCGAAGGAGGCGUUCGCUAAACAGGCCGCUCAGGACUGGGAACUGAUCCUCCUGCAGAGAGCAAGAGAACUGGCACCAGGCGGCCGCAUGGUGAUAAACGUCCCUACUAUUGACGAAGAUGGAUACUUUGGAGGCGGAAGAUGGGACAGUGGGAAGGUCAACGUGUUCCAAAAAUUGUCGUCAUUGUGGCAUACUUUUGCACUGCGUGGAAGAAUAACCAAGGAAGAAUUUGUCAACACCAACAUUUUUGGAUAUAAGAGAGUUCCAGAAGAAGUGCAAACCCCUUUCGUCAACAAAGAUUCACGGGUUCGGAAGGCUGGACUAACAUUGGUCUGUAUGGAGACGAAGCAUACUCCAUGUGCUUUCCAUGCUCGAUGGCAGAGAGAGGGUGGGAACGCGCGCCAGCACGCUGAACAGUUCGUUAACAUGUUACGCAGCUGGAGUAUCCAUGCAUUUCACGCCGGACUUUCAAAAGGACGCACUGAGGAGGAAAAAACGACAAUUCUGGAGUCUUUCUUCAAUGAGUACGAGGACGAAGUUGCGGCAGCUCCAGAAGAACAUAGCUUUGAACUUAUGAGUUCUUUCUUACACAUCAAAAAAGAAUACUAAAAUAAAACAAUAGCUACAGUAUAUGAUAAUGAUGAUGAUGAUGAUGAAUAUAGAUCAUAUGUUUUUGCUAGGGUCGGUCAGGUAAUACAAUAUAAUUUUUAGGCAGAUGCACAUUUUUACCCUCUUACGCAAUCCUCUCGUGUCCUUUACCAUUUUUUGUGACUUGCGCAAAAGUAAAAAGCAGUGCACGAACGCCGCCUAGCGGUGAAAUGGUUCGUUUACGUCUACACCUGUCAUAAGGCACAAGAUAUGGUACCUAAGACAAAGGAAUAUAAAUGUGUACACAUUGGCUGUCAUGUCGGGGAAGACCAUAUGUUGUAACUUGACACGAAGGAAAUAAGGGGGGCACGAAUAUAAUGGAGGGGACUAAAAAGGCAUUGUGAGUGGGACCGAAGUAUUGAUCGCGCGCAUGAAAAGUUGUGGACAGGUGCUGUAGUUGCUGAAUAAGAAAUAGAAAUAGAAAAUAAAAAGAAGA